AUGGGCAAGCCAGUCUCCGAUCAACUGCCUGGUCGGAGACGACACGUCUCAGGGGGGAACACCAGGAUCGAACUGGCCGUCUUGACUGGCAUUUGCGGCGGAGUGCCCAGCCCAGAAGCCAAGAAUGAAAUUCUACUUGGGGACGUCAUCAUCAGCAAGAGCAUCGUGCAGUAUGACCUAGGCCGGCAGUACCCUGACGAGUUCGCAAGGAAAGAUACCGUUGAAGACAGUCUUGGCAGGCCUGAUAAAGAGAUUCGCUCUCUUGUUGCUACCUUUGAGACGCGUCAAGGUCGCCGCGAUCUUCAGCGGCGGGCCGGCGAGAUCUUGACAGAGAUACAACAAAAGGCAGCCGACGACGAAAAUCAUCGAGACUGCGGCUGUAGCGAAUCAGGCGGCUGCGAAACAGCCCGCAACACUUCGUGCGAGAAGCUUCAAUGUGACAAGGGACGUCUUGUGCCAAGGAAGCGUCUCAUGACGGAACGCCACGGAGAAGGUCGUCUGAUGCAGGACCUUCAAGUGUUUGUCGGGCGCAUAGGAUCAGGCGACACUGUGAUGAAGUCAGGCGUGGACCGUGACAGGAUUGCAUCAGAUCACAGUAUCGUUGCUUUCGAGAUGGAGGGCGCCGGGGUGUGGGACGAGAUCCCGUGCGUCAUUGUCAAGGCAGUCUGUGACUAUGCAGACAGCCACAAGAACAAGAAGUGGCAGGACUAUGCGGCAGCGACAGCCGCGUCUACAACGAAGGCGCUCCUAGAGAAUUAUGCCAGCACUGGGUUGGAUAGACCCAAGACCCCUCGGGCUCCUAAUAAUUAUUGUCGAUCUGGAGCUCUGGAUCAUCUCAAACGGCAAUUCGGUCACGAACAACAGCAAGUCACUGCAAAGGCACGGUCUAGGAUAGCACUCCACGGCCUAGGCGGCGUUGGCAAAACGCAAAUAGCGCUGGCAUACGUUUACUGGCUGAAAGAGGCCAGGCCCGACGUGUCUGUCUUCUGGGUCCAUGCCAGCAAUGCACAGCGAUUCCGCGAGGCCUACGCUUCCAUCGCCGAAGAGUGCGACAUUCCCGGACGCGACGACCCAACAUCUGACACCUUAUUACUUGUCAAAAGGUGGCUUGAGAAAGGAGAACGGGGCCCUUGGCUUCUCGUGGUUGAUAACGCCGAUGACACGCAUCUGUUUUUUCAAGCACCCGAAGCCUCUCAGACCGACACAUCAACUGGUGGACUCGAUGGAGAAGGCACCCUGGGACGUUAUAUUCCCGAGUGUAGACACGGAUCGGUUCUCAUCACUACGAGGAACAAACAGACCGGUUCAAGGCUCGCGCCGGGGAAGCCCGCAACUAAGAUUGAAAAAUUGACCGACGACGAAGCAGACCAGUUACUCCGCUCGAUGCUCGAAGAACCAGGCCGUUCAAUCUCCGCCGCAGACACAUCCAUGCUCUCGUCCCGCCUAGAGCAUCUUCCGCUUGCACUUGCUCAGGCAGCGGCGUUCAUCCAGGAAAAUGAAAUCUCGAUACCUCAAUACAUCAAGCUGUUGGAUAAGAGCGAUACUAGCCUUGUGAACCACCUCAGUCAAUCAUUUGAAGCUAUAGGGAGGGACUCAAGCACGCCGCACGCCCUCACAGCGACGUGGAUCAUCUCUUUCGAGCAGAUCGAGAAACACAACACAGUUGCUAGCGACAUAUUAUCACUCAUUAGCUUCUUUGAUCGACAAGUAAUCCCAGUCAGGUUCAUCGAAGACUACUGCCGUCAACAGCAGACGCAAGACUCAGAGAAUGAUACAGAGGAAACAAGGCCAAACAUCAGAGUAUGGAUGUACACCGGCUGGUUCAAGCAGACACCCGAAAGUGGCUCGUCGAUAAACAAAGAGCAUAUGAGUUCGCCCAGCAAGCUCUUCAAGUUGUAUCAGAAGCUUAUCCCUACGGCGAGCAUGAGAGUCGUGACAUUUGCCGCGAAUAUCUUCCGCAUGCUUAUGCUGUACUAA